AUUUAUUAUUGGUGAAUGUUUGAGUCAGCGGGUGAGAAUGAGGAGCGUGAAUAAAUAGCCAGAACGGGGCGUUGAAUGGUUUCAAUCAGAGGCUUUAAUGGCUUUCUUCACCCUCCAUUCCUCUCUCUAACUAUUCAUUCUUACACUAAAGGGUUUUUCCUCUCUUUCCCCUUCCGGAAAAGGAUAUCAAGGAAAGAAAAUGGAGCUGGAUCUUCAGAAUCCGUUGACGACUCACCAAGACCUGCAAUACGACGGCGUUCCGUCUCUCUUCGCCAAUGAGUCCGACCACAUGCCUUCUCUUCUCUCCUUUCACGCCUCCGGUUUCCGAUGCUCUAUCCGCCGGACUGCACUCUCUCUCAUUUCUCAGGUAAAGUUCGCGUACAAUUUGGAUCCAUUUCUGGUCUACCUCUCUUUCAAUUACGUCGAUCGCUUCCUCUCUACACAGGAAAUUCUGAAAAGGCCAUGGAUUGCGCAUAUUCUGGUAGUUGCAAGCCUUUCGCUCGCUGCCAAGAUGAGAAACUCUGAUUUAUCCAUUUCACUCUCCGAUUUACAGAGAGAAGACGGCUUUGAGUUUGACUCCCAGUCGGUUCGUCGAAUGGAGAGAAUUUUACUCUCUACUCUGCGAUGGCGAAUGCGAUCUAUCACUCCUUUCUCAUUUCUUCAAUAUUUCAUCUCUCUUUUGGAAAUCGAAGACCACUCUUUAACUCAAUGUCUCAAGCACAGAGCUUCAGAAAUUAUCUUCACCGUUCAACAAGAGCUGAAGCUUUUAGAGUACAAACCUUCGACGAUUGCAGCUUCAGCGCUUCUCUGUGCCAUUCAUGACUUGACUCCGCCUGCAUUUUCUUCUUCCCACUCCGCAAUUACUUCCUGUGAAUAUGUGGACAAAGAUACAUUGUCGGAAUGCUUCGGUGUGAUGCAGGAGAUGACAAGAGAGGGAUACGGACUAAGUCUUGAUGAGAGUGCGUGUGCUACUGUGACACAGAUCAGUGUCCUUGACACAAGCGUGGAGGGCACUAGCAGUUCUGGUCCUGGAUUCCCAGAAAGUGACAACGUCAAGCGGCGGAGGCUAAAUGGUUUUUACGACAACGAUAGAACAUUCAAGAUCUCUCAAAUCCAGCAGUGUAAUUAGCAUCAUGAUCCCGUGCAGCACGCCUUGAAAACGUCAUUCUCAAUGUUUUCUUAUCAGCUUUUCCAAAAUGUUAAAAAAAAUGAAAAUUUCGUUUCAAUCAUUCGAAUGGCUGAGAAUAAUUAGUAAUUUCAUAUAGAGCGUCGAAAUUAAAGAAAGUUUAUUUUGUUAAUUACCUUGGAAUGAGCAAUCAAAGCGGAUAAGUAAGAAAUUAAGAAAAUAUUUUAAAUUUUUAUCUUCGAAAGAGAACUUUCAGGGCAAAUAAUUCAUACACAAAAGGGAAAAAAAGAGAGGAAAAAUCAAUCCCGUAAACGAAAACGAGCCAUCAAAAGCCAAAACAAACGUUAAAAGCUCUCCUCCUCCACUUAAUUGCUGCCCGUGGCUGUUUG